AUGUUUACCAAAUUAUUCGGAAGUAAAAAGUCAUCCAAAGCAGUCGAUGAUGAACUCUCUCAAUUGGAAGAGAAAGACGGAAAGGUGUCAUCAACGAGCACAACCACCACCACGACAACGAUUGCCUGUGUACCUCCCGGUGUUAAUGUUUCACCCUUCUUGAAGAAUUAUCCACUCGAUAGUUUCAUCUCGGUGCGAUUGAGUGGUGAAAAGUUUUCCGAUAAGGCUUCCACUUUGUUACCUUUGGUUGAACAUCAUGUGAAGUGUCAUGUCAUGUAUCCAAUUGUUCAGGUCGUAUCAACCAUGACUUUUAGAAAUAAGAAUCAAAAAACAAUUGAAGGUGAAUUAAUGUUGCCCAUGCCAGAAGGUGCCACUCUCAUUGGUUAUGCCAUGGAAAUCAAUGGAAAACUUGUCGAUGCUGUUCCAGUUGAAAAGGAAAAAGCAAAAGAAGUUUUUGAAGCUGAAGUUCGAUCAGGAAAUAAGGUUUCAAUGGUUGAAAAAGUUGCUCAAUCGAAUUGUUUCAAAACUCGUUUGUAUCCAUUACCCUAUGACACAGACAAGACUGUCCAAGUGAAAUAUCAAAUGAUGCUCUCUGAGAGAGUGAGUACUGAAAAUGGUGAAAACGGUGUUGUGAAAGGAAGUGCUUGGGUUCCAAUGUCCUUCUUAGAUUUUGCAGCAUUGAGACCUUCCAGUAAGAUUGAAUUCACACUCAAUGAAACCUCAUUGCAAGGUUAUGAAACUCAAGUCCAAAUGGGACUUGCCAAAUCUGAAACUGAAAAGACUACUGAACAUUUGUGGUCAAGUAAGAAUGCAGGUUCGAGAGCUGCCUAUUUUGCAUUGACAAAGGCCGAUCUCAAAGAAAAUAUGACAGGUUUCAAUUUGACAGUCACCAAAAAGACAGAUAGUGUCAAUCACAUUUUACUUGCUUGUGAGAAUGGUUACUUUAUGACAUCUAUUCCUGUUCCAAACUUGACUGAGAAAUUGAAGGACAUGUCACGCAUUGGUGAUAAGGUUCAAAUAGUGUGGGAUUGUUCCAUGUCUCAAUCGGACAGUCAUGCCAAGAAUGUUAAAUUAUUGGAAUCUAUACUUGGUGCCAUCGGAGCAAAAUCACUUGUACUUUCUACUUUCUCAAAUUCGGUCAUUGACACUAAGGAAUUCUCUUCUGUGAAAGAUCUUGUCAAGCAUGUGAAGGAUGAACUUGUUUAUGACGGUGGAUCAAAUAUGCUCUUAUUGGACCGUGAUUUAAUUUCAUCAAAAGUUGACUAUUGUGUUGCAUUUACCAAUGGUGUUCACACCUUUGGACAUGAAAUUACACCAAUGUGUAACUUUGCCAAACCUGUGUAUUUUGUGAACUCAUCUUCCGUUGUGAAUGCAUCCUUGUUGCGUCACAUUGCUACCAAGAGUGGUGGUUUGUAUCUUAAUGCCAACGAACUUGAAGAACAAGAAUUGUUGGAUGCCAUUGGAAAGCCAGUGCUCUCCUUUGCCACUGCAGAUUUCGAAGAUGAUGAACUCGAGGAAGUUUAUCCAAAUGAACCAGUUUCACUCAAAGAGGGAGAGGUCUUUAAAUUAUUUGGUAAAUUCAAAUCUAGUAGUGGAAAGUCAUCCGUCAAUGUAGCUGUCUCCUUCAGAUAUGGAAGUGAAAUUUAUCAUGUCCAAGAAAUUACCUUGCCAGUAGACACCACUGAUCAUGCAGAAGCAGCCAUUGUUCCAUUAUUAUGGGCUCAACAAAAGAUUGAAUCUCUCUCUGCAUUCCCACAUCUCUUCAAAGAUGAAAUCAAAAAGAUUGGACAAGAUUUCAGAAUUGUCACUGACAAUACUUCACUACUAGUCUUAGAAACCUUAGAUCAAUAUUUGAAGCAUGACAUUACUCCUCCUGCCUCUCUUCCAGAAGUAUUGAAACAAUACAAUGAAUUGAAACAAAAAGAGAGGCAAUCUGAACAAGAUCGUGAAAAAGAAAAACUCGAAAGAGUCAUUUCCAUGUGGUUGAGUCGUGUCCAAUGGCACAAGACUGAUUUUAAACUUCCAGAGCCACAACCAGUAAUGAUGAAUGAUAAGAGUGUGGCUUCAACCUUUGGAGGUAUCUCACAGGAAGGUGGCUGUCCACCACCUCCAUCCAUGAUGAGGAGUAGCUGUUGCAGUGCCAUGCCAUGUGCGCCACCUCCACCAUCAUCAUCAUCAUUGAGCAGAUCUCUUUGUGACGAGUUAAUUCCACAACAGCAAUGCCUGAGUUCUGAGAUUGAAGCAGAAUGUUGUUGCAAGGAAAGCUGUAUGGAGUGUGAUGACGAAGAAGAAAUUGCAGAAGUGUGCAAAGAGGAAAAAAAGUCAAAGAAAAAGUCCUCCUCAGGAAAGAAAGACAAGAAGGAAAAAGCUGAACCUUCACAACCCAAACAAGUCUCAGGAGCCAUUAAAAUCAAACCAUGGACUCCAGAUGCUGGUUAUUGUAAAGUAAUUGCCAAAGCUUCCAAUCCAUAUAAGGAAUAUUUGAAGCAACGAGAAAAUUAUAGAGAUUCUCCUGCAUUCUAUCUCGAUGUGGCUGAUUUAUUCUUGACCGAAUUGAAGGACACUACUUUGGGAGUGAGAAUUCUUUCAAACAUUUCUGAAUUGGAAUUGGAAAAUAUUCAAUUGUAUCGUAUUGUUGGAUAUCGAUUGGAUCAAGCCAAUGAAUUGGAAUUGGCUGAAUGGGUCUUUGAAAGAGUGAAAAAGUUGUCACCAGGUGAACCACAAUCCUACAGAGAUCUUGCCUUAGUGAAGGAAAGAAUGGGCAAAUAUCGUGAAGCUAUGGAACUCUUUAAUAAGGUGAUUGUUGGAAAAUGGGACAUGAGAUUUGAUGAAAUUGAAUUAACUGUUGCCACUGAAAUGAAUCACUUAUUGAUGAAGGAUAAGGAUUUACCAAUUGUGGAUAAGAGAUUGAUUCAUCAUUUCGAUUUAGAUAUUAGAAUUUCAAUGGCUUGGGAUACCAAUGACGUUGAUAUUGAUUUGCAUGUCCAAGAACCUGGUCCCUAUGGAGAACAUGCUUAUUUUGGUCAUAAUCGAACCACCAUGGGAGGUUACGUAUCCAGAGAUUUCAGACAAGGUUAUGGUCCUGAAGAAUACAUGCUCAAGAAGGCACAAAAAGGAACCUACAAAGCAACCACCAAUUACUACGCCAGUCAUCAACAAUCUCUCACUGGAGGAACCACUGUGCUUUGUACCUUCUUUACCAAUUACAUGAGAGAAAACGAACAAAGACAAAUGUUAACCAUUCGAUUGUCUUCUCAUGCUCAAGAUGUUGUGGUGUGUGAAAUUGAUAUUCAAUAA